AACCACAUGGAUUUUGUCUACAGCUUUGGUGUGCAGGUUAUACAGUACCUGCAGAACAACUACUGGCAAUACCAUGACUUCAUUGAUUUUGUGUCAGUAGUGGGUGACCCUCGUAAUAUUUUCUCUGUUUAUUUCCCUCUCUGGUUCCAUCUCAGUCACAAUGUUGGCACCAAGAUGAUUUGGGUGGCUGUCAUUGGAGACUGGUUCAACCUUAUUUUUAAAUGGAUUUUAUUUGGUCACCGACCUUACUGGUGGGUGCAAGAAACACCCUUCUACCACAAUGAUUCAAAACCACAUUUGGACCAGUUUCAUAUAACUUGUGAAACAGGGCCAGGCAGUCCAUCUGGUCACGCCAUGGGCUCAUCAUGCGUGUGGUAUGUGAUGAUCACUUCUGCUUUAAAUUUUGCUCGGCCCUCCCGUGCCUCAUCUGUACGCAGCUUUCAAAGGUUUUGUCUUCUGAGGUCCUUUUUGUGGAUGACUUUCUGGGUCAUUCAGAUAAGUGUUUGCAUCUCCAGGGUUUUUAUUGCAACACACUUUCCACAUCAAGUUAUCCUCGGUGUUUUCACUGGCAUGCUGAUUGCUGAGGCCUUUGAUCACAUCCCCUCAGUCUACAAUGCAAGCUUGAAAGUUUACCUCCAAACCAACAUUUUUCUUUUCUCUUUCGCUGUUUGCUUUUAUCUGCUCUUUAAACUGUUGGAUAUCGAUCCCAUGUGGUCAGUCAGCAAAGCCAAGAAGUGGUGCGCUAACCCAGACUGGAUCCAUCUCGACACGACGCCUUUUGCCGGUCUGGUUAGAAACCUGGGAGCCUUGUUUGGUCUGGGCCUGGCAGUGAACUCUGAGAUGUUCAUUCAGAGCUGCAAAGGGAAGAACGGCUGCAAAAGUAUGUUUAAACUCAUGUGCGUGACUGCAACGCUCACAUUUCUGCAACUGUACAACUUUAUUAAAAUGCCCACUCACAAUGAGGCUCUGUUUUAUAUACUGUCGUUCUGUAAAAGUGCUUCAAUACCUCUCGGUGUGGUUGCUGUUAUUCCUUACUGUGUUAAUUUGCUUAUCAGAGAGCAUGAAGAGAGGAAGCUAGCUUAG